AUCGUCUAAGCGAAAAGUGUGUGAAACGUCUCUCUCUCUCGCGCAGAAAAAAAGUGACAAAUUCCAGCUUUUCACACAUAAAAAAACUCCGUUCCGUCGGUCUUCGGUCGUCAGCUUGCCCGCAGUUCGUCAUUUUAUGUCGCACCGCGUCAUCCUCAGUCGCUUAGUUUCGGCCACGAAAAGUAUUAGACACCUUCAUUAUUUCACUCCGUCAUCACCACUCAACGACUUCACCGUACUUCGCCAACGUGCAAAGUCUGCAAUUUUAUCGAGUAGUCAUCGUUUCAAUUGGUACAGCGCAUUCAGCAGAAUGGCCUCCGCCAAACCAAAAGUAGUAUUUGUCUUGGGUGCUCCGGGCAGCGGCAAGGGCACGCAAUGCAGCAAAAUUGUCGAGCACUACGGGUACGUGCAUCUGUCAGCUGGCGACUUGCUACGCGAAGAACGGGCACGACCCGAUUCCGAAUUCGGGCAACUUAUCGAGGAUUGCAUCAAAAACGGAAAAAUUGUCCCGGUGGAAAUUACGUGCAGUUUGCUGGAGAACGCGAUGAUUAAGAGCAAAAAGGAAACGGGCAAAAACAGCUUUUUAAUCGACGGAUUUCCGCGAAAUGAGGACAAUUUGAGCGGAUGGAAGAAACAAAUGGCAGAAAAAGUGAACGAACAAUUCGUCUUGUUCUUCGACGGACCCACGGAAGUGUUCAUCGAUCGUUGUUUGAAGCGCGGACAAGCCGGAAGUGGACGAGUCGAUGACAAUUUGGAGAGUUUAAAGAAACGUCUAGUCACCUACGAGAACGACACGAAGCCAAUUAUCGAAUAUUAUCGCAAACAGGGGCUCGUUAACACCGUCGAUGCAUGCGAAGGACCCGACUGUGUCUUUGAAAAAGUCAAAUCCUUCUUCGAUAAAGUCGCGACAAAUGGCUCGUCGUAAAAUCGCGCGGUUCAGAAUUAAUUUUAGGCAUUGAGAGGGAGAUAAGGAGUAAAAAACUUGACAAAAAAAAUCAAUAUUUACCUUUUUUCAAUAGAAAUCCAAUAGAAACUCAAUAAAAAGCUGUUCAAACAAAAAUUCGUUGUAUGAAAAUGGCCUUCUUUGAAGAUUUUUGUGCUGUGUCGCACCACGUCACGCACGAAUUUUUCUUCACUGAACCCAUUUUCAUGCAUUUCGCGCAAUUCCGGAUCAUUCCACGUCACAAUCCGUCAAUUAGUGUCAAAUCCCUCUUCAAUAUUUUAUCGGUUCAUCGGAAAAAUGACCCAAUUUUUAUUUUUUUCAAUGAAUUUUUAGUCAUUUUUGUCGUGGACAGCAACAAUUACUGGUUUUUUAUGUAAGAUAAGACAGAUUAUGAAAUUUCGGGUUUUAAUUUUUAACUGCCUCACUCAAUUUUUCGGUGUUUUUCUGAGAUUAUCAACAAAAAAAUCUUUUUACGUGUUAAAAAAGGUGCUUUUUAAAAAAAAUAAAUAAAUUUGUGUAAAAAAAAAACAAUUUUGACUGCAACUGUUAUUAAAUUAAAUGAUAAAAAAAAUGAAUGAAACUAUAAAUAAAUAUGAUAUACGUAGAAGUUAAGUAAACAAAAAAAAAAAAUAAACAAAUAAAUGCAACAAGGUACAUAUUAAAUAAAAUGCAUGAAGAAAGCACGUUCAAUUUAUUUGAAAAUUGUUUUAUUUUGUUUGAAAUUUUAUCUUUUGUGAGAAAUUUUGUUAUCUCGCGAAAAGUGGGGGAAGCGUGGCGAAUGUUAAGUAACCCGUGUGACCGGGCAUCGUUUGGGGAGGCAUCUCAGAGACGUAUUUUUUCGUGUCUUUUGACUUCAUGCUGGCGAUGUCCUUGGCGUUGGUGUCGUCGGAGAGCUGGAAAUAGAAAAAAAAAUUAAUUAAAUU